AUGGAGAUCAAGAAGAUGACAAUAGUUUUUCUUGUUGUAGUUUUAGCUGCUUCAUUCACGGGGAACCACGAUGUCUCAGCAGCUCGCACGAUUGUCCUCAGUAGAUCGACACAUCUUGUUGGCCGAGACGGGCUAUGUCUCGACGUGAUCGGAGGGUACAGCGACAGCCAUAUUCCAACUCAACUAUGGCCAUGUGGACCUCAAAACAACCAGCUAUGGACAAUUCAAGUUGAUGGAACAAUUCGAACGAUGGGAAAAUGCUUAGUUCCCAAUGGCCACGAACCUGGAUCCUACACCAUGAUUGAUGACUGCAACAAGGUUGAUACACAGGACAAGACAUGGAAAUUAUAUCCCGAUGGCACCCUCGUUCACGUAUGGUCCGGCCUCGUCUUGACGGGUCAAGGAACGGGACCACACGCCAUAACCACAAUAGAAACUAACACAUCCGCCCCAACACAAAGCUGGGGAACGGCGGACGAUGGAUCGCCCAUUGUCGUCGCCAUUGUAGGGCUUCGUCACAUGUGCUUACAAGCGCAGAAUGACAACGUCCAUGUCUGGAUGAAUAGCUGCGUCAAAAACAACAGACAACAAUAUUGGGCAGUUUAUAAUGACGGUACAAUUCGAACCAACUACAACACAAGCUUUUGCUUGAGUUCCACAGGCAAAGGUUUAAAUGACGCUAUUGGUUUAGCUAAAUGUCAAGGGUUGCCUCAACAGCGGUGGGUGGCUAAGGAGGAUGGCACCAUCUUAAACCCCAUCAAUAAUAUGGUGAUGGAUGUGAAAGGGAGUGAUCCUAAUCUUCGCAAAAUUAUUCUCUUUGCUCCUACGGGUAACCCUAAUCAGCAGUGGGUGUUCGUUACUCAAUAUAAACCCUAA